AUGGCGACCGAGCAGCACGACGCGUUCUUCCUCGACGCCCACCUCAAGUACGUGGCGAACCUCUCCAAGCAGAAGGAAAGCCUCGAGAGCUGCAUGAGCGAGCACAUGCGCGUCUCCGGCUUCUACUGGGCGGUCGGCUGCCUCGCCGCGCUGGGCAAAGAG